CCGCACGCACUCGUAUUUAGCUGACGAUUCAUCAUCGAGGCAAGAUAUUUUUCAUCGCCAUCGACCUCUCAGCAGCUAGGGUUUCCACAUUUCGAAGUUCACAGAGCAUCAGAGUGAGGUGAAAAUGAGGCCAGUUUUCUGUGGGAACCUUGAUUAUGAUGCUCGGCAGUCUGAAAUGGAACGACUCUUCAGAAGAUAUGGGAAGGUUGAUAGGGUUGAUAUGAAGUCAGGUUUUGCUUUUGUUUACAUGGAGGAUGAAAGAGAUGCAGAGGAUGCCAUUCGUGCUCUAGACCGAAUUGAAUACGGUCGAAAGGGGCGUAGGCUUCGUGUUGAGUGGACAAAGCAAGAAAGAAGCAGCAGGCGACCAGAGAGCAGUAGAAGAUCUUCAUCUCACCUGAGGCCCUCCAAGACGCUCUUUGUAAUCAACUUCGAUCCUUAUAAUAUUAAACCAAGAGAUUUGGAGAGGCAUUUUGAUCCUUACGGGAAAAUAUUAAACGUGAGGAUCAGGAGGAAUUUCGCCUUUGUACAAUUCGAAUCACAAGAAGAUGCAACAAGAGCUUUAGAUGCCACCAACUUGAGCAAACUUUUGGGUAGUGUCAUCACUGUCGAAUAUGCUGCCAAGGACGAUGAUGACAGGCGAAACGGUUACAGCCCUGACAGAGGCCGCGACAGAUCACCAAGGAAAGGCUAUGACAGGGCCAGAUCCCCUAGUCCUCGUAAGCGAGAGAGAGAAAGUCCCGAUUAUGGGCAUGGUCGGGCCCGUAGCCCGAGCCCAUACCAUAGAGAGCGAGCAAGCCCAGAAUAUGCUCGUGGGCCCAGCCGAAGCCCGAGCAGGAAGGAACGGGACUCUAACCGUGGUCGUGGCCGAAGCCCUAGGAAGGAGAGAGACACUGAUUACCAUCACAGGCGAAGCCCGAGCCCCAGAAAUGACAGGGACACUGAUUUCCACCACAAUCAUCAUAAACGCAGCCCAAGUCCUCAAAGGGAGAGGUCCAAUGGUGACAAUGGCCGUGUGCCCGAUUCAGGAAGUCCUAAACGAGAGGAUGGGGAGAAAACAAUGAGUCCUGAUGACUAUUCCCGUAACAGAAGUCCUGCCUACAGUGAUCCAGAAAGCCCUUCACGUGCACUCAAUCGCCUGGGGCACAAGAGAGGUCUUGAUGACGAUAUGAAAAUGUACUGUUUGAUGGAUGAAGGUAUUGCUACAGUUUCACAAACAUUGCUCCUGACAAAAUCGUUGGCAUGAUUUAGAUGGAUGGUUUCUUUUGUUUCUGAAUAUUCGACUUGUGGAUUUUGCAUUUGAACCUCAUGUGUAGUUGGUGUCUAUGGUCUUGGGGGAACUUGUUACCUCAUUUUUCCUUUUUUGUUGUUUUUUUGCUUGUCGGCUGACUGUGGAUUGUUUAUUUCUGUUGGUUUUUGUUGAAUUGAUAGUGUAUGAAGAUUGUAGAAAGCCUUUAGUCAGCUCGGAAGAGCACCUACUCUGCUUUGGAUUUAAUUUUGCUUAUUUGUUUUAUUAAUAGACUGAGAGAAAUGCUAUAAUAUUGUACAUGGAGGUGUACAUAAUACUCACAUUAAGUGAAUUUUACCAAAAAUAAAAAAUCAAGUGGACUCCACUCCAAGUGAGUGUUAUGUA